UUCCUCAUUUUCCCCCCUAAUUCCAUUUCCUCUCUAUCUCUCCGCCGAACCCUCUUCUCUUCAUUUUCCCCCCAAACCCCUAGAAAUCAACCAAUCAAUCAAAAAUGAGAGAAAUCUUACACAUACAAGGAGGCCAAUGCGGUAACCAAAUCGGUGCAAAAUUCUGGGAAGUAAUAUGUGCAGAACAUGGUAUAGAUGAAACAGGAAGAUAUCAAGGAGAUUCAGAUCUUCAAUUAGAGAGGCUCAAUGUUUAUUAUAAUGAAGCUAGUUGUGGACGAUAUGUACCAAGAGCUGUAUUAAUGGAUCUUGAACCUGGUACUAUGGAUUCACUUAGAUCUGGUCCUUAUGGACAAAUCUUUAGACCUGAUAACUUUGUUUUUGGUCAAUCUGGUGCUGGUAAUAACUGGGCUAAAGGUCAUUAUACUGAAGGUGCUGAGUUGAUUGAUUCUGUUCUUGAUGUUGUGAGAAAAGAAGCAGAGAAUUGUGAUUGUUUACAAGGGUUUCAAGUAUGUCAUUCUUUGGGAGGAGGUACAGGAUCAGGAAUGGGAACGUUAUUGAUAUCAAAGAUUAGAGAAGAAUAUCCAGAUAGAAUGAUGCUUACAUUCUCUGUGUUUCCGUCACCCAAGGUUUCAGAUACUGUUGUUGAACCAUAUAAUGCUACUCUUUCUGUUCAUCAGCUUGUUGAGAAUGCAGAUGAGUGUAUGGUUUUGGAUAACGAAGCUUUAUAUGAUAUUUGCUUCAGAACACUCAAACUCACUACUCCAAGCUUUGGAGACUUGAACCAUCUCAUUUCUGCUACCAUGAGUGGGGUAACAUGCUGUCUUCGAUUCCCUGGUCAACUUAACUCUGAUCUUCGCAAGCUAGCUGUCAACUUGAUUCCCUUCCCCCGUCUCCAUUUCUUUAUGGUUGGUUUUGCACCUCUUACAUCCCGUGGGUCUCAGCAGUACAGAACCCUAACAGUACCUGAACUUACUCAACAAAUGUGGGAUGCCAAGAACAUGAUGUGUGCUGCUGAUCCUCGCCAUGGUCGGUAUCUAACUGCUUCAGCUAUGUUCCGUGGAAAGAUGAGCACCAAGGAAGUUGAUGAGCAGAUGAUCAAUGUUCAGAACAAGAAUUCGUCGUACUUUGUUGAAUGGAUCCCCAACAAUGUGAAGUCCACUGUCUGUGAUAUUCCACCAACAGGUUUAAAAAUGGCAUCUACAUUUAUGGGAAAUUCCACAUCUAUUCAAGAGAUGUUCCGUAGAGUCAGUGAGCAGUUCACAGCUAUGUUCCGUAGAAAGGCUUUCUUGCAUUGGUACACAGGAGAAGGAAUGGAUGAAAUGGAAUUUACCGAAGCUGAGAGCAACAUGAAUGAUUUAGUAUCCGAGUACCAACAAUAUCAGGACGCAACUGCUGAUGAGGAAGAAGAGUACGAAGAAGAGGAGGAACUUCAGGAGGAGUGAAGUAAAAGAAGUGGUAUAUGUAGUUCGGAUUAUCAUCUAGUGAGGUUGUGAGAGAUCGAUAAUGGUAAGUGUUUUAGUUUCCCGUGAAGCUGCAUUUUGUGUUUUGGUUUGGCGACUUUAUUUUGGUUUUGAACCUUCCUAACUAUAUGGUAUGUUAGCAGUAUCGUCUUAUCUUUUGUUCAUCUUUCUGCUGUCAGAAGUUGAACAAGUUACUAGUGUUAAAAGUUGAACAAGAUUUCUUCCUAUAUUUCUAUGAAAGUAGCAUUACAUAGUAGACUGCUC